UUGUAAAUUGGACUGCCAUCUGCCGAAGCCUUCACACAACCGAACAGCAUUGCCGGCUGAUCAUCGUUCUAUGGUAUCUUCACGCGUCACCGGAUAGCUUGAGAGUCUGUCGCUAGUAAGAAAAAGGCCGAUUACCUGCAGCAUCUGGGCAAUGACGUCAAUCAACACCUGGUACUCCAUUGGCUGACUAAUAUGCGUUGGCACCCUUGAUUGGCUCAAAGGGAGCCUACCCUUGAGAGGCUCUGCACAGAGAGCCAUACACCACCAGAGGAUACUCUCUACGAGCGCUUCUUCAACCGUUCGUCCGAUAUGCAUCGGUAGUUUUGAUACCCAUGUAGUUGUCGCUGGACAUGUUGCUAGCAAAGUAGAGGGACGUUUUAUUCCGUCCUAUAGAUUGACAAGAGAAAGAUGUCGGCUGCAAUGAACUCCUCUUUGAGUGACAUCCUAGACAGCUACGACGAUGAUCAGGACUUUGAAAACUACAACCAGCUGGCCACGAACUCUAGCAGCGGGUUCGGGCCGUCAGAAGUGGUUGGUGCACCGAUGGCGUCCAGGGUGAUCCUCGGCAUCAUCUACACCUCAACUAUGAUAGUAUGUGGGGUAGGGAAUCUGCUGUUGCUCAUCGUCAUCGCCACCUACAAGAAGAUGCGGACCAUAACGAACGCUUUGAUAGCGAAUCUGGCGCUAUCGGACUUUAUUCUGGCUGUGGUCUGCAUACCGUUCAUCAUGGACUACUACAUCGUGCGGCCGGACCGGACAUGGGCGUACGGCGACGCUUUCUGCGCCGUGGUCAACUACAUCCGCAUGGCGUCUCUCUACGUCUCGACCAACGCCCUUCUGGUCAUCGCCGUGGACAGAUACCUGGUGAUCAUGUCACCUCAGAUCCCUCGGAUGUCCCCCCGUGUGGUUGCCCUGACUAUUCUGGCCGUGUGGGUCAUCUCUAUGCUACUGGCGGUCCCGGCUGCACAUUUCUCACAGGCGGUACCAUACGUCACACAGGGGGGCGCCUUCUGCGGGCAGGUCUGGAAGAUCCAUCACGCGAAAAGCUACAAGGCGUACUACCUGUUCAUGCUGGUGUUCGAGUUCAUCAUUCCAGUACUCAUCAUGUGCUUCUGCUACUUCCGGAUCGGAAUGCGAAUAUGGUUCCGAACUAUCCCCGGACACCCCACCCAGUCCCAGCAAGCCAACGUGCAGAACUCUAAAGAGAAAGUCAUCCGCCUCCUCAUCGUCAUCGUGGGGCUCUUCAUCCUGUGCUGGCUCCCGUACUACGUCUACGCCGUCAUCCGCGACUUCUUCCCGUAUGUCCUCCAGCUCACCGCACACAACACCACCAUCUACUUCAUCGUGGAGGCAAUCGGCAUCGCCAACAGUAUGAUCAACACCGUUGUCUACAUCGGCAUGAACCACAACGCCAGAAAGUUCAUGCGCAAGCUGCCAAAGACCUGCUACCAGGCCUACAAGAGGAGAAGAGGGAGGUCCAUCGAGCCGUGGAACGACGAGAUGCGGCUGGGAGAGGGACCGCUACCGAACAACAGCAGUAGCAGCCGGCGGGGGCAGCCCAACAGUACGCCGAGGAUGAACUUCCGUCUAGCCGAUCGUAGACGGUCGGUUCGACCCACACUGGUGAAGACACAGAUGGUCGCCACCAUCGCCUAAGCUUUAUAUUUCUUAAAUAUGCGGUCACAAGAUGUAUAUUAUAAGGAGGUUCACAAUUGUAGGUAUAUAUACGCAGCGAUUAUCACACCGUUGGUAAUGAGUCAAAGGUGAAUACACUAAUUUGUAAACAUUCCUUGCCUUAUACAUAAAUAUGUUCAGAUGAGUUUUGUUUGCGUUUUAGGGGCCUUCAUUCUUGACACAUUACCCAGAAUGCAUUUAGCUCGCAUGCGUACUUUUAGAAACGUGAACUUCCUGAUAUAAUUAUACUGCAGAAAUGUAUGGUGGAAACACCAAAAGCCUUGCCAUGGUGCUAUUCGUUGAAGAACAUCACAUCUUAGGUGAUAUCUUCAAACGGCACCAGCUGCUUAAACUCGCUACUCGGCGCUUGCUUUUAAUGUUCGAAUGGUCGAAAUGUAACGAUUUUUCAAUGAUUAAAUUUCAAGGAUCAUUGAAGAAGCUCUUCAGGACUUAAUGAAAAAGCUGUUAUGGUAUCAGUGACGAAGCUCUUAAGGAUUCCUAAGC